AUGGCGGAACAGCCCAACCGUCAGCUCCUCUUCCCGGCCCCAGCCCCUUUGAUGCAGCCGAAGACACAAGGGCCCUUUUCACAGAUGGAGGGGCUCCGAGCCGACCCAUGGAACUUCAAAGGACGGAAGAGGAUGGUUCUCCUGCCCCACCUUCUGGUCGCCAUGCUGCCGGCUUUGCUGCUGUCACCGCUGUCUCCACACCUUUGGGCUGCACAAGGGCACCCCUUGUACAUGCGCCUGCCCCCAGGCACCCUGCAAGUUCUGUCAGCCCAGGGCACGCAGGCGCUGCAGGCUGCCCAGAAGAACGCCCAGUGGGCAGUGAAGCGCGUGGCCAUGGAGAUCCAGCACCGACUGCAGGAAUGCCAAGGACCUGGGCGGCCCCGACUACAUGCCCGACUCUCGCAGGACCAGCCUGAGCCAGGGUCAUGCGGCGAGAGGCGCCCCAGCACGGCCAAUGUGACGCGGGCUCACGGCCGUAUCGUCGGGGGCAGCGCGGCGCCGCCGGGGGCCUGGCCUUGGCUGGUGCGGCUGCAGCUCGGCGGGCAGCCUCUGUGCGGCGGCGUCCUGGUGGCGGCGUCCUGGGUGCUCACCGCGGCGCACUGCUUCGCAGGCGCCCAGAACGAACUCCUGUGGACUGUGAUGCUGGCCGAGGGGCCCCAAGGAGAGCAGGCGGAAGAGGUGCCGGUGAACCGUAUCUUACCGCAUCCCAAGUUCGACCCGCAGACCUUCCACAAUGACCUGGCGCUGGUGCAACUGUGGACACCCGUGACUCCGUCGGGGCCGGCGCGCCCCGUGUGUCUGCCCCAGGAACCGCGGGAGCCCCCCACAGGCACCGCCUGCUCCAUCGCGGGCUGGGGGGCCCUCUUCGAAGACGGGCCCGAGGCUGAGGCGCUGAGGGAGGCCCGCGUCCCGCUGCUCAGCCCCGACACCUGUCGGAGAGCUCUGGGGCAGGCGCUGCGCCCCAGCACCAUGCUGUGUGCCGGCUACCUGGCGGGGGGUAUCGACUCGUGCCAGGGUGACUCCGGAGGGCCCCUGACCUGCUCCGAGCCUGGCCCCCGCCCCAAGGAAAUCCUGUUCGGAGUCACCUCCUGGGGCGACGGCUGCGGGGAGCCCGGCAAGCCGGGAGUCUACACUCGAGUGGCCGUAUUCAAGGACUGGCUCCAGGAGCAGAUGAACGCGGUGCCCUCUAGCCGCGAGCCCAGCUGCAGGGAGCUGCUGUCCUGGGACCCUCCGGAGGAGCAGCAGACAGACACCACUCAGCUUUGCGCCUUCUACGCCCGCCGGUGUGCGGGGUCCGAGGGCGCCUGUGCGCGCCUGGCACACCAGCAGUGCCUCCAGCGCAGGCGGCGAUGCGAGCUGCGCUCAAUGGCGCACACGCUCCUAGACCUGCUGCGAGGCGCUCAGGAGGUGCUCGGGCCGCGCCUGGGGCUGCGGCGCCUGGCCCCCGCCUUGACUAAGCCCACCGCGUCGCUUCGGGAGCCUGCGCGGUACCCGGCCCGCGAGCAGCGGCUGCACGCAGGGUCCUGGGCUGUGGGCGCGCGGUUCCCGAAGCGAAGGCCGGAGCAGCGCGGAGAGGCGAGCGGCUGCCCUGGGCUGGAGUCCCUGCGACAGAAACUGGCCACCCUCCAGGGGACCCACGCCUGGAUCCUGCAGGUCCCCUCGGAGCAUCUGGCCAUGAGUUUCCACGAGGUGCUGGCAGAUCUGAGCUCCAAGACACUGAGUGGUCUCUUCAGGGCCUGGGUGCGGGCCAGCCUGGGGGGCCGCCACGUGGUUUUCAGCGGCCUGGUGGGCUUGGAGCCUGCCACGCUGGCCCACAGCCUCCCCCGACUGCUGGCACAGGCCCUCAAGGCAUUCCAAGCUGCUGUCCUGGCAGACAGAGGGCCCGAGGGGGCCCCAGGAGGGGUGGGCUAG